UAAACGGAAGUCGGUACGCUAUUGUCAUCAUUUAUAGUAGGAGUGACCGCUUGCUUUCUACACACUUUUUAUACAUACAUACACAUUUAUUUAUAUAUAUACAUCUAUUUAUAUGAGAUAAUGUUCAAUUUGUUAAAAGAUGAACACAAGGAGCAUUUGAAAUUCUUAACAAAUGUUGAUGCUGAAGUUGUUCGGGAAUUCUGUCGCAUCUCCUUGCAGUUCAUUGAAAAUGGCGCCAACCCAAAAGUUUACCAAGGUGCCGCACAGAAACUCGACGUGGAGACUAAAGUUGUUCAGUCGGCCGUGGAAGGGUUGAUGUACCUCCUGACAGAGACCUCACGAUUUAUGAUUCCUGAAACAGAAUACAAAGAGUCUUUAAGUAUUCUUGGCUUCCAAGAUGACAAAAUAGACAUUUUGCUCACUAUGUAUCUAGAAAACAGAGGAAACAUCCGGAAUAUUCUUUCGGAAAUGUCUAUGGAGUUGCCACAUUAUGACAAUUUAGAAUGGCGUUUUGAUGUUCAGGUUGCAAGUCGAUCCAUGAGGCACCAGGUGAUGCCAAACGUUCUGCUGAAGCUCCACUUAGAAGAGGAUGAUGAAGUCACAACACACCAUCUACAAACUGACCCUGGGAACCUUGUUCAGUUAACUAAGGAACUGGAAAAAGCUCUUGAUGAGAUGAAAUCACCCUUUUGCAGACGCAUUGUUAGAAACAUAGAUUGAACAUUCUACUUAAUCUGUCAACACCUCUGCUUGUCUGUGUGUGUAUGUAUAUAUAUAUAUAUAUAUAUAUAUAUACACGCACACACUCAUACAUCUGUUUCUUCCAAUGUUUUUUUUUUUUAUUUUUGUAUCUUGACCAAACACUAUUUCAUGAAAAUUCUUGGAGAUGGAUAUUUAAUUCCACAACUGGAACAAAACAAUGAACAAUUUUUGCAAAAAAUUUUUACAAAGAAUAUUACAAAACAAAAAAAAAAAAUCCCAAUAAUUCCAAAGCUGUUGCCAAAAUAUAAACCUUCACACAGAUAAGUGUGUAUAUGCAUAUAUAUAUAUAUAUAUAUAUGUAUGUACAUGCUUAUAUGUGUUGGUUAAAAUAAUGUAAAUUGAAGAAUAUAUAUUUAAAAAUAAAAAUUGCUUGAGUGUUCUGUUGUUUGAGCGUCCUAAACUUGA